UCAAAGAGCCCAAAUUCUAUUCGUCUUCUCCUUCCCCAUUGCUCCGCUUCCUCCCCAUCCUCUACUUCCCCCGCUUCCAUAACUCUCCUUAACCAAUUCUCUUCAUCAAUUGGGUUUUAUAUAACUAUAAUUCACACCUUAGAUUGCCAUUCAAUUUCAUUCAUAAACCUUUCCCCCCGUUUUUUCCUGCUUGUUAUUUGGACUUUGGUGGGACGCAAUCCUCCUUCUCCAUGGGGGUUUCUUCAGAGACCAAGUUCUUGCAGGAACUCAUACUCUACGCUGCCAGUGCUGCUUUAAGUUGCUUGGUCCUAUUCGCUGGUCUUCGCCACCUUGACCCCAACCGCGAGGCUUCCAAAAAAGCUCUCGAGCACAAGAAGGAAAUUGCCAAGCGUCUUGGCCGCCCCCUCAUUCAGACUAAUCCUUACGAGGAUGUCAUUGCCUGUGAUGUUAUAAAUCCUGAUCACAUCGAUGUAGAAUUUAAUUCUAUUGGAGGAUUGGAGACUAUCAAACAAGCGUUAUAUGAACUUGUGAUACUUCCUCUGCGGAGACCUGAGUUAUUUUCACACGGAAAGCUUCUGGGUCCCCAGAAAGGCGUAUUGCUUUAUGGGCCACCUGGUACAGGAAAAACCAUGCUUGCAAAAGCUAUUGCAAGGGAGUCUGGAGCAGUUUUUAUUAAUGUUAGGAUUUCAAAUCUGAUGAGCAAGUGGUUUGGUGAUGCACAGAAGCUUGUGGCUGCUGUGUUUAGCUUGGCUUAUAAACUUCAGCCUUCUAUUAUUUUUAUUGAUGAGGUUGAUAGUUUCUUGAGUCAACGACGCUCCAGUGAUCAUGAAGCUUUAUCAAACAUGAAAACUGAGUUCAUGGCCUUAUGGGAUGGAUUUACUACAGAUCAGAACGCACGUGUGAUGGUACUUGCUGCUACCAAUCGUCCAUCAGAACUCGAUGAAGCAAUUUUAAGAAGACUUCCUCAGGCUUUCGAAAUUGGGAUACCCAACACAAGGGAGAGGGCCGAGAUACUAAAGGUGAUUCUGAAGGGUGAGAGGGUUGAAAACAACAUUGACUAUCAUCACGUAGCUAACUUAUGCGAGGGGUAUACUGGUUCAGAUAUUCUCGAGCUCUGCAAGAAAGCUGCAUAUUUCCCAAUCAGGGAUCUAUUGGAUGAAGAAAAGGCCGGAAAACGUUCUGAUUCCCCGAGGCCGCUGUCACAGUCAGAUUUGGAGACUGCUCUAGUCUCAUCGAGGAAGACGAAGGUUGUAGCUAAAGAAUAUGCUGGAUUAGGGUCGCAUCGGUCGGAGUCCAGUGAUCCUCGGAUUCAAGCAGUUUUGAACGAACUCUCUAAGUUUGGUAUUUCCCCAUCAAAUGUUGGAUCAGAAGAAGAUGACUCUUGAGAGAGAUCCCAACUCUACUCCACUUUGGUGCAGGAUAAGGACCAUCUUUGGCAAGAGGGAGAGAUUUAUGUUUCAUUAUCACAGUAAACGAAAAUAGUUUUAACAUUGAUGAUUCUAUUAUUGUUAUAGGGAAAAGUCACAGAAGUACGAAAAUCUUGUUGAUGAGUUUGAAUAGCUGAGUUUUGAAAUCUAGAUCUAAAUGUUUCCAAUA